ACCAGAGACAACUUUCAGAUUUUUAUAGUCUGCUAUUUUCACACACUCUCCCAAUCACAGCAAGCGAUCUCUCCGCUUGUCUGUUCGAUUCUUCAUUUGAUCACUCGAAGAAUCAACACCGCCCAAUCUCUGAUCAGAUCCACAAUAUUUCUCAACCUGAUCCACCAACGCCCCUGAUUUCCUCGUCAAUUUCAAUCCAAUUCAGGUUUCACAAGUGAUGAAUUUCAGUAACCUUGAACAGUUUUCAAUGGGAACAGAGGAGUUUAAGAAGGAAAUGGACGUGGCCAAUUGGUUUUCGCAAUUGCCUUAUGAACAGUGGGUCCCAAUCCCUGUAUCCGGCACACGACCUUCAGCUCGGUACAAGCAUGCUGCAGGAGUUGCUGACGAGAAAUUGUAUAUUGCGGGCGGGAGUCGUACUGGUCGGUAUCUACCUGAUGUUCAGGUUUUUGAUUUUAGAGGUUUGGUGUGGUCUAGUUUGAAACUUAAAAGUGAGGCGGAUGGUGGAAAAAGUGAAGAGAAUGGCGCACAGGAAGUUCUUCCGGCCACUUCAGAUCAUAGUAUGGUUAAGUGGGGGAACAAACUUCUUCUCCUUGGGGGGCAUUCGAAGACAACUUCCGAUAGUAUGAUAGUGAGGUUCAUUGAUCUGGAAACACAUGCCUGUGGUUUUAUUGAGACUUCAGGAAAUGCUCCGGUAGCCCGUGGGGGGCAUUCUGUUACACUGGUUGGUUCUAGACUGAUAAUUUUUGGCGGAGAAGAUAGGAACAGGAGAUUGCUGAAUGAUGUGUAUGCCCUUGACUUGGAAACAUUGACUUGGGAUGUGGUAGUGGCGAGGCAGACACCUCCAGCUCCCAGAUUUGAUCACACAGCUGCAAUAAACAGGGAACGCUACCUUCUAAUCUUUGGUGGCUGUUCUCAUUCAAUCUUCUUCAAUGAUCUUCAUGUACUCGACUUACAAACUAUGGAGUGGUCCCAGCCUGAAGUUCAAGGUGAUUUGGUCACUCCUAGGGCUGGUCAUGCUGGUGUAACCAUUGGUGAGAACUGGUAUAUUGUUGGUGGUGGAGAUAACAAAAAUGGUUGCCCAGAAACCCUUGUGUUAAAUAUGUCAAAGCUAGCUUGGUCAGCAUUGACAAGUGUAAAGGAAAGAGAUCCACUUGCUAGUGAGGGACUUAGUGUUUGCUCAGCAUUAAUCAACGGAGAGAGGCAUUUGGUUGCCUUUGGUGGCUAUAAUGGGAAAUACAAUAACGAGGUUUUUGUUAUGAGACUUGAACCAAGUGAUGCAUCACGUCCAAAGAUUUUUCAGUCACCAGCAGCAGCAGCAGCUGCAGCUUCUGUUACUGCUGCAUACGCUUUAGCCAAAUCUGAAAAGUUAGAUUUCUCCAGCUUAAAUCUGAACUCUAAUGGAGUUGGAAACAAUCCUUCUGAACUAGAUUUAGCAUUUGAAAUUGAUGCACUUAAAGAAGAGAAAAAGGAGCUGGAAUUGUCCCUCACCGAAGUCAGAGCAGAAAAUUCUAGGCUUACAGAAAAGGUUGAUGAAGUUAAUGGUACUCAUGCAGAGCUGUCCAAGGAACUCCAUUCUGUUCAAGGUCAACUAGCUGCUGAGAGAUCAAGAUGCUUUAAACUUGAGGCUCAAAUUGCUGAGUUACAGAAGAUACUGGAAUCAUUGCAGUCCAUAGAGAAUGAAGUACAACUACUUCGAAGACAGAAAUCUGCACUGGAGCAGGAGAUAGAGCGUAGCGCAGCUCAAAGACAAGGUUCCGGAGGUGUCUGGCGCUGGAUAGCCGGCUAAACUAGCAAAUCAUCGAACUGUUCAAGGCCAAAGCCUCAAAAUUGUGCCAAAAUUUUAGCAGCCAUAGCUGUCUCAAGCUAAUACAAAUAGCCUGUGUGUAUUUGGCCAAUGCGUGCUAAUCCUCGGCCACUGUUAGUUUUUUUGGGAGGUUUAAGUUAGAAACGGGUACAAUAGUCUCUGCAGUCGCACCGUUGUUUUCUGUGAAACGGGUAAAUUGUUUGAUUUUUUCCCCAUCCCACACAUGACACUUAUUUUAUUUGUUUCAGUGCAAUUGAAUUAUUCUCUCCUAGUACAUUAUAAAUUUCAUUGGAUAUCAUAUAAUAAACAAAUAUUUUUUA